AUAACCUGAAACACACCCACCUUGACAAACCUCGAUUACCUCGAAAGCCUGAAAAAAGCCUCGAUUCCAAUUUGAUUCAUAAAACCUCACCGCCACCCAUCCUGACCCAAGGGGACCUUUCUCAAACUGCUGCGACCUCUUUUAUGAAGGAGUAACCCCUCUUCAAUCGCAUCUGUUACUAUUUCUCCUUGCUCUCUUCGACUAUUUUUUUUUACAUCUUUACGGUUUCGUGGACGUGGUUUUGUUGAUUAUCUCUCUAUAGCAACAUCUAAAGAGAGAGAGAUACUUUCCACCCAUCACACGCAUUAAAGCUAUCGAUAUCACUCCUCCUAGUGUACUCUCCCAUUACCCAUUACCCAUUACCCAUUACUCGAUAAGCCUCCUUCCUUUUCCGACUACCACUAUCAGUCAGCCAGAACCAGCACCAACCAGCACCAACCAGCACCAACCAGCACCAACCAGCACCCAACCAGCACCAGUAUCUUCACAACACCCAUAUCCGUACGAUACUCUUACGCGUCGAAACAUUCAAAAAGGACUCAAACUCAAACUCAAAGGCAAUUGAAUUCCUUUUCAGUACGCACGCAUAUAUAAACAUCUCGCAGCGACUCAUUCACAACAACAGUAAACCUGGAAAUAAGUACCCAUUGCCGUUAUUCGUUACCUACUACGCUACGUAACUGGUAGAGGGUCAAAACUUGAGUCAAAUCACCAUUCAACUCCCCAUCAAAAAAAUACGCAAAACCUCGCUUUAUUGCUGCAGCUUUCAACUUUUACUUUGCUCCUUCAGCUCCAACUUCGCCCGUGUCAACAGAACGAAACUGCAACAGCUCUUUGACCUUUUACACUUUACCCUGUGGUUUGCGACUGUACACUUUGGUACAUCGGAUAACAGUAUAGUAAUCAAAUUCUACGCUGAAUUUGUGGAAAUACGCCGACUGACGGACGCACGAAUCCGAAUCUUGAAAGAUACGGAAAGAGGGAGAGUACAAGAAUCGGAAGGGAAGAGGUAAGAGGGAAAGAGAAGCCAUUUACUACUGCACUACACCACAUAAACAAGCAAAGUGUGCAUCAUUUUAUUUACUCUUUGCAUUGCAAAUAGCGAAGAGCGAAGAGUGAAGAGUGAUUCAAGCAAGACAAGACAAGACUACUAAAUUUACUUGCAAGCGAUUGAUUGGAGAAGAGGAAGCGAAAACGCGAGAGAGCGAGAAAGCGAAAAGGCUCCCUCAUCUUCAAACAUCAGCAAGUUUCACCAUCUCCCACACCAAUCCUUUCUUUUUUUUUUCUUCAUUCACACAACUUCAUACCUCAAUCAAAAUGAGUACAGCUAUUGCAAUGGCUCCUUCACCUGUACCUCACGAUAGAUCAUCAUAUGUUGAUAUCGCACCCUCGAAACCUUCAAAUUCUCCUCCGGCGCAAAGAAUACCUACCUCGGCCACACCGAACGCAACAAUGGCAGCACAACGUAAAGGGAGUGGAAGCCCAAAAUCAACUCCAACCAAACCUUCACCUACUUCGUACGUACUUUUUUCUCGAUUUAUUUAUCAAUUAACUCAUUGUCAAAAUGCAAUUAUACUAACGUCAUAUUUUUAGUAGUUCUCGAAAUGGUGCACCACCCAAGAUAAUUGUAAAAAAGGAACCAUCCUCGCCUGAAAUAACAGCUUCUUCCCGCCACAGACCUCGAAAGCUUGACCUGACCAAAAACACCUCAAGUGUCCAUCCGGGUACUGGAAGACCAUCAGCUAGUCAAUUGACAGGUAGAGGUGCUGAGUCUGGUGGACUCGGUAUUCAAGACGUCGGAUUAGCAUGUCUCUCGCCAGGCUUCGUCACACAAGAUCCAACGAUGCGAGAACAGUUACAGCGAAGUUUGUCUGUCCGUGAACAACAGAGACAUAUCAUUGAGUCGCGAUUACAACAAACCGCAAAGCCAGGUGAUGCGCCAAUGGAGAGUGCUAAAGAACGGGAAUUGAGUGGGUUGCCAGCGAAGACACCAGGUACAUCGAGGAGAAAGGCGCCGCCAGGAUUAAGCAUUGUUGCACCGUCCCACGAGCAAUUCGCAAACGAAAGAGUAAUCCAGUCCGCUCCUAUGCACCACAGCUUUCCUGGCAGACAUCAACCACAACCUUUGACCCGUCACGUCGCCAACCAACCCUCGAAUCUCUCUAAUACAUCUCACAUUCACCACGUCCCUGCUACUCAAACUUCCAACAGACUACCGCCAAUUGCAGAUGUCUUCGCGGCUGAAAAUCUAGGUGCACACCGUGAAUCACCACGAGCUAACAUGUACCAACACUCCAACUCAAAUUCGAAUUCUUCGCAUUCCAACUCGAGGCCAGGCUUCCCAUCUCCAGGACAUGCUCCACAUCCACCUGCAUCUGCAGGACAUCAGCGUCCUCGUGAAUACCGUUCUGCUGAGGAUGCGCAGGCUGAUUUGGCUGGUGGCCGUGCUGAACUUUUACCUAAGCUCGUACACUAUGGAGGUCACCAACCACCUACACCUCCUUCACCCACAAACCUCAACUCAAGAACUUCAGAGGCUAGUCGAAGCAGUGGUAGAAGAAGACCUAGAGCAGAAUAUGAGGAGGGAGCUAGUCCACCCCUCGGACAAGGCCCUCCAACUUCAAGAAGAACUGGGCCAUUUGGUGAAGGACGAGACAGUCCCAUGACCACACAACAGAAGAAGGAAGAGUUCAUGCGUCUGUGUAAUCAGGCGUGGGAUCUCUUCCAUUCUUAGUUAAUUUCUCGUAAACUUUCUUUCUUUCGUCUAUUCAACAAUAAUGCUAUAUCCGGAGCUUCACUUUUAUUUUCUGGAACGGCAAUACUCCUUUUGCGUUUUAUGAUGGCAGAGCAUGUUGUACGUGCCUGUCAGUAUACUUUCUUGAGCCAUUAUGAUCUCAUGGCUUAUUUACAUUCUUCAUAGGAUUGAUACGUUGAUUCAUGGUUAUAAUGGACACAAUCUAUUUAAUUCGCUAGGGUUGAUGAAAAGUGGUACAGGGUGAAUUGGGGUUGAAUGGAUGGAUGGGAAAAAGGAACGGUAUACAAUGAAUUUCCAUGAAGGUUUUUUUUGGUGCCUUUGAAAGUUGAGGGUCGCCGGCAGGGCUGAGGGUUGAAGGUUAUGGGAUGGGAAAUUUUCAGAAAAUGACUGAAUGGAUUCUAAUCUAUUCUUUUCCAUACGAAUAAAAUAACUCUCUAAUACUUUU